CAGAGAAUUUGAGGAUCCUUAUUCUACAAAAUCUGUGGCACAAGUACGGCGUCCAAUACCUCAAAAGCUCUGACUGCAUUACAGAGCAACUGAGAAAAGUUGGAAAUUGAAUUUUUAUUCAAUUCAAAUGGGCACUUCCACGGUCUUCACCACUAGCAUUCCUCUGAAAUUUUCUCAAAUACCCAGAUCGGAAAUUCGAUCAAACCAGCGAACACUAUUGGAUUUUAGCGACAAAUUCCAACAUGGGUUUGGAGGCAUCCGGUUUUUCAAGGCCAAACCCAGAAGAAAACUUUGCACAAAGGCCGUGUUAUCUGAAAUUCCGAACCAGAAACAGUAUCCAAAGAUGGGUGCCAAAUCUACUGGACCCAUUCUACCUAGCCAUCUCAUUCAGGUGGUUGAGACUGCUGCUAAGACUGGUGCUGAGGUUGUGAUGGAUGCUGUUAAUAAGCCUCGAAACAUAACAUAUAAAGGACUUACUGACUUGGUGACUGAGACAGAUAAAAUGAGUGAGGCUGCUAUUUUGGAAGUUGUUAAAAAGAAUUUUGAAGAUCACCUCAUUCUUGGGGAGGAGGGAGGAAUUAUAGGAGAUACUUCAUCUGAUUAUCUCUGGUGCAUCGAUCCUUUAGAUGGAACGACAAACUUUGCACAUGGUUAUCCUAGUUUUGCAGUUUCUGUUGGAGUGCUGUUUCGAGGGAAUCCUGCUGCUGCAGCUGUGGUGGAGUUUGUUGGGGGCCCUUUUUGUUGGAAUACCCGCAUAUUUUCUGCAACUUCCGGUGGGGGAGCAUUCUGUAAUGGUCAAAGAGUUCAAGUGAGUCAAACGAAUCAGGUGGAGCAAUCCCUUCUAGUGACAGGGUUUGGGUAUGAACAUGAUGAUGCAUGGGCUACCAACAUGGAUUUAUUUAAAGAAUUCACUGAUGUCAGCCGGGGUGUAAGAAGGCUUGGGGCCGCUGCAGUGGACAUGUGCCAUGUAGCUUUGGGGAUUGCAGAAGCAUAUUGGGAGUAUCGUCUAAAGCCAUGGGAUAUGGCUGCUGGUGCUUUGAUAGUUGAAGAAGCUGGUGGUGCAGUUACUCGCAUGGACGGUGGAAAGUUUUGUGUGUUUGAUAGAUCUAUUUUAGUAUCCAAUGGUGUUCUGCAUGAAAAGCUUUUGGAGAGAAUUAGACCUGCAACAGGGAAAUUGAAGAGCAAAGGAAUUGAUUUCUCAUUGUGGUAUAAGCCUGAAAAUUACCGCACAGAUCUUUGAGACGUCCAGAUUUCUGUUCUGUUACCAGCUCUACUAGAAAGAUAUCUGCAGCACAGGUGCUGUCUGUGGUACCUGAUUUGUUGUUAAUUAUUUUAUAAUGUCCCAAUUUAGUCAAUAUAUACUAAGCUUUAUAGCUCACCGAUCAUUGAGACAUAGGAGACAUAGGAUAUUGUCAUGUAUAUGUACAUUGAAACCAUCGAUUAUUGAGGCAAAAGUUUCCUGUUAUGUCAUGAUAAUGUGAUCAAUCUAUGAAAUUUGAUUGAAUAAAGGACACAAUACCAUUACAAAGUUUAAUAA